AGAUUCUUUAUUAAUUUUCCUCCAGCAGAUUGAAUGUUUCCCUUUUCAAGUGACAGGCAGGACUGAACUCUCCAAGACUUGAAUUCAGUGCACCCAGCCAGCUAGAACAGAAUAGAAAGGGAGGUAGAGAAGGAGAAAACUGAUCAGGCAUGCCCAGAAAACGAAGGCACGAAGAUGAUGGAGAGAAGGACCUACCUCCCAGACACCUCACAAAUCCACAUCAGACAAACCAACAGAAACGUCUCAUAGUUGUCCUGGAAAAUGCGCAUCUUGAUGUCAUCAAGGUUGGCAAUAGCUUCGAACUGUUGAAUUGUGAUGACCAUUCUGGACAGAUGAGGAAACUGGGUCGCGACCCUGGCUCAGCCCGGCCAGACAUCACACACCAGUGUCUACUCAUGCUUCUUGACUCUCCCCUCAAUAGGGCUGGACUCCUGCAGGUGUACAUACACACAGAGAGGAAUGUCCUGAUUGAGAUCCAUCCCCAGACAAGGGUUCCUCGAACA